AUGUCAGAUUCUUGAUACCCCUCUGAUGACUUGGAAACCUCUUGUUUUAGUGACAUUUAUCAGACUUACAAGCACUUACCAGAGCCAUUUAAGUCCUUCAACGAAGAAGAGGGUAAAUUCAUAUAUGAUGAAAUUAUGAAAGCUCCUCAUCUGCCCUCUGGAGUCUCUAAGAAAGAUAAAGAUCCUAAAUUUUUCAGAAGUAUUCUGAUAUAUCAUCUCUCUGAGAACACCAAGGAGCUAGUAGCAUGGAUAGAAGACCAUAAAUCUUUCCUCUUUCGGAGUGGGCAUAUGACCACCAAGGACCAGAUCCUGAUUCUGGAGAUAUUGUUCUAUCAUGGAUUUUGCAAAAAUACAAUUCAUUAUUCCUCCCUUUUCCAGUUGUAUUCAUUAAUGGGAAUAUUUCUUAAAUUUAAUGAGAAGCAGAUCCAGCUCAAACUCGAUUGGAAGCCUGUGUAUAAUAUGCUUUAUGCCAUCACAUUGAACAAGAAAAUCAACAGGAACAUGAUGACUUAUCAAGAAGAUUCAGGCAAUAUUUACAACAGACUCGAGAUCUUAUGCUUUAAACUUAAGAAAUACUUCUCAAAGGAUGCUUCUAAACAAAUCUGUGAUCUUUUGCUAGAUGUUUUUAACCCUGAUCUAUAUGAAGAGGACAAUGACCACGGACCGAAAGAAUUGGGUGGGUACUCAGUAAGACUCACAAAAAUGAUAGCCUUUGUAUUUUUGAUCCCAAUACAUCCAGAGAAUACAUCAGAAGAAGAGAUAAAAACAUGGCUUCCAAAAGUGAUGGAAUUUUGGAAGGAUAGCCCUUUUUCUAACUAUUUAAGACACAUGUUGAUCAAUCUCCUGGCACAGAUAUAUAUCCACUUCAAAGGUAUUGACCUUUCAGAGUAUUAUGACAUGAUAUCAUUCCAUUUCUACAAUACUUUUUGUGGUUGAUUCACCAUAAAUAAUAAGAAGCCUUUUGAAAAGAUCCUGCUGCCUAUUUCUCUUGGAAGAGUGAUCAUUUGGGGCUACAAGCCAAUCAAAUAUCUUCAGAAAAACCCAAGUUUGACUAAUUUUAAUUUUGAGAUCCUCUUUGAAAGAUUCCUGGAUGAUCUGCACCCUGAAUCUGGUGUAGAAAACGAGAACUUCAUGAGACUCAUUAAGUUUGUAUCUAGUACUCUUUGCGAUAGAGUCAAGUGAGAGAAGCAGCAGAAGGCCGAGGAGAAGGAAGUUGAUGCAUCCCUGUUCUUAGAGAAGGAGGAUAUUCUAUACUUCAUUAAUGUUUUGAAGCCAUACCUUGAUCUCGCAACUCAAGGACAUACAAGCCUCAGUUUUCUAGCUAGGACUAUCAAAAAUCUAGUCUUGCUCGACUGUGAUUCUAUUCUCUCUAUGUAUAUCUUUCAGAAUUUCUGUGAGCUGAGCGACCUUGUGAAUAUUAAGUUUCUCAGCUUAUUAGGGGACGUCGUUGUAGGUGCAAUUUUAAAUCCUGAAACGAACAGUAAAUAUAAAUACAAAUUUAUCCAAAAUUCUAUCGAAUAUCUUCUUGAACAGAUAAAGCUGAACGAUUCGAACAUUUUGAGAUUUGUUAUUUUUAUUUUUAACAUAAUUUGGGCUGCUUUCCCAGUGCUACCAAAGGAAUGGGGCAAAGAUCUUAUUGAGAGCUCUCACAAAGGAGUUACUUAUUCCAAGUAUAUGAAGAGUAUAAAGAGCAAGAAUCCUCAAGAAUAUCAGUUUUACAGACUUUAUGAGAAAAUUCAUGAAUACGCAGUAGAAUAUUUCCAUAUGCUCACAAAAGCAAUGAACGCAGAUUUAUCCAUUUCAAAUGAGAUCAUUAAGGGGUUUAAGUACUUACUUAACGCGAUGCCUCCAGAAAUCUUCCAGCCUCUUGGAAUUGGGUUGGUAGAGAACAGUGACAUUUGCAACUCCAAAUCAAUCCUAGGGAGGGUGGUAAACAACAUUGCUUGUAGAAACUCUGAUACAGCGAAUGAGAUGCUAAAUUUAUGAAUUGAUCACCACAUGUUAGAAAAAGAUGAAGAAACAGGCGAAGAUACUUUGGUAUCUUAUAAAUUUGACACCAAUGAUUACUACAUUCACAUCAUUAGUAGUGCUGCAUACAGGUAUAAAGAAGGAGCAAAGGCUUAUAUUAAGAAGCUGACUACUCUAUUUAAGCUGAUAACCGAGCAUUUUGAGGAGGAUAAACAUAAAAAUGACUUUGAAAAUCUUCUUCGGGCUCUAAUCUCUCCCUUUACAAGACUCAAUGUAAAGUUCCCUUGGAUCGUCGCAGCAGACUUGUGGGAGGAAAAAGAGUUCCAAUUGAACCUUUGGAAUAAGAUAGGAGAUCUGUAUUGCAAGAAGAUUCCAAUAAAUCUUGAGUACAUUACUGAGGAAGAUAUCCAAAUUGCCAUAAAUGUUAUUAAGGACUAUAUUUUCCCAUGGGUUAAGGGUCUUGCUGAGAAAUGAAAGGAUAAAAACCAGAUCAAGACUGUUUCCAUCAUUUUAUGUGAUUUAUACAGUCAUAUUUGUACUCUCUUUCCUCUGAAGAGACCGAAUAGUAAAGAAGAUUUGAAAAAUGAUACUGAUAUGGAAUGAGAUCCUACCCCAGAUGGCUCAGAUUUUGAUCCGGGCUCUAAGAAAGACUUUACUAGUUAUUACUACAGAAAGAUGGGGAUCAGUGAGUCUACUGUUGACCAGUUAAGAGAGAUAGAGAGAGAAAUUUUCAAUAUCAACGAGAUUCUUCACUCCAAGGUAAUCAUUGACGAUGUAAAGAAGCGUAAUGAGGAAAUCAUCUGCAACAUUGGAAGUGUCUACAAGCAGAUCAUCCAGUGCAACGUGCUUAGCGUAAAGAGCUUUACUUUCAACGAGAACAGCACCUUAUACUCUUCAUUGGAUAAUAAGAAGUUCAAAAGACAGCCAACUAGUUAUUUCGAAGCGAUGAGUACCAUUACUUCUAAGCUGAUAUCUUCUGUUCGCGGAGAAUUCUUACCUGAAAAUGACCUCUUCAUGAAGAGUUUAAACAGGUGUUAUGAGUAUGAACAUUACUUGUGUCAGAUUCCUUCCUUUCAAAUGCAAGGCAAGCUUGGAUAUACUCCCAAAUUAGUCAGAUUCUUUCCUGAGAAUAGUAAAUUUCACUUUGAGAAAAUGGAUGAAAUCUUGGAAGACAUCAUCAAAUGUGUAAAAUCUCUUCUUGGCCAAGACGAAAUUGAGAAGAAAGAUCAGGAUCAUCUCUGUGGAUUAAUGAUGCUUUAUGACUCAUACUUAAACAUUAAAUUUGAGUUUAACUCCGAGAGAACCAAGAUCAUGAUUGAUCUCUUUUUCUUGAGCAAAGGAAUCAAAAUGCAAACUUUGAGAGCUCUUCUGUGGAGCUUCUGAUACCGAGGAAUCUCAACUCCUAUCAAAAAUGAAGAGUUUGAACAUGAAUUGGAGAUAGAAAAUCCUCUAGCAUGCUUCUCUCAAAGCUCUUUGGAAUUAUUAGAGCAAGCCAAGAUAGAUGUGGGUGAAGAAGUUGAAAUCAGAAAUCUCUGUGUACAACAAAGAGAGAAAGCUAAGGAAGAAAUAGUUCAGUCCUUAGUUAGCCUCAUUCAAAAACAUCACGUAGAUCAGCACCAAGAUGAUGCAAUUUUCGAUUUAUUCGAACGUUGGAGUAAGUUCUUCAAAAACUCUUUGCAUGAGUUAAUCGAAUUGAACAACUACAUAUUCUUCAGGGUAUCCUCUGUUCUGCCUUCAGUCAGGCUGAAAGCAUUCAACCUGAUAUACAAAAGCUACCAGAUGAAAAUUGAAUAUGUUGAGAAGAAGAAUAGCACCAACGAGGAGGAAGGACCAGAAGAAUUUAACCACAAAGCUCCAUUCUCGCUGCUUGAUUUUGAGGUUCAAAAGACUGAUAAAGUGCAUGCCUUUAUCAUGGAUCAAAAAGAAAUUUUUGCCAGGAAUAUCAUCGAAAUGAUCAUGACAGACUGAGGUGUCAAGCAGGACAGGAAACUUAUCUCUGAAGAGGAGGGCAGGAAAGCUGUGAAGACUACUAUCCGUAAAGGCAAGAAGAAGCGUACUAUUAUUAAGCUCCCUUCUGACAAAAUCUCAAGGCUUUUUAAGGUGUUUUACAAUAUCUUCAAUUAUUAUGGAGUCGAGCUGUUUAAAGACUCUUUCUAUCCCAUUAUUCAGGAGUAUAUCGAAAAAGGGUUUGAAGAUAAAGAGCACCAGAGUGUAUGGAAGGUCAUCAUUUUUGAUAUCUUGGGUGCAUUCAUGAAAACAUUUGAGAAAUAUUAUAACCAAGAUCCUGAACUCUACAACCAAAUUCCCUUCAUGAUGUAUGAACUUUAUGAUCCGAAGAUGAGCAAGGAACUCAAAAAUUUGUACCCCAGUACAUUACAGGAGUGUUAUUUUCUGGCUAAGAUUGAGAAGCUGGACUCUUUCCUUAAGAUGCUUAUUGAAGAUAUUCCUCACGAUUCUUCUCUGAAGACUGACAAAAGCAUUCAGAUGUUUAACACAAUUUCUGUGAUAUUCUCAUGGCGAUCAGUUCCAUACAUGAGAUUAUUGCUAGAAAGAAUUUUGAGCUAUGACCAGUCAAAGCUAAAAGUGCCAGCAAACUUUCAAGAAGAGAUUCCAGAUAGGUUGAGACUCAUAAUGCAUAAGAACUUUGAUGAGAUAUGCUUGCUAAUGAGCAGGUACAUUUACCUCUGCUAUAAAAGCACUGAUGGCCAAUCUGAGGAGAACCAGCAGACUAUUGGCAAGAUCCUUGAGUUCCUCAAGGACGCUAAUAUCGAGAUGGGCCAGUGAUCUCAGCAGGUUUUGGAGAACACUAGCUCAAACAUCGCUUUAUUUUAUGCAAAUUACUUUAAAUCUAGGAUAAAUAAUGACAAAUUGAUCGAUUUCUGAAGAGCAUUCCAAGAUUUAUUGAUUAUUUGUGAAGAAAGAGCAGUAAAGGAAGAAAUUAGCGAUAAGUACUCUAACGUACUUGGUAUCCUGCUGAAAUCUAAUGAAAAUAUUGAGAUGAGGAGACAAAUGCAACAAGACAUGAUCAAGUAUUUUAAACAUGAAGCGUGGAGAGUCAGGCUCAGAUGCACAUUGGUUUAUCAUAUCUGAAACCAACACAUUAUUGAGGAUAUCAAUAUCACACAAUCAACUAUUGGUCUGGCUAUUGAAAUGUUAGAAGAUGAAAACUUGAAGGUCUGAAUUGUAGCAUUAGGGAUUUUGGUAUCUAGCUUUAAAAGAAACACUGAUAAAAUUCCAAGCCUUACUGAGGAGCACAAAUCAAAAGCAAUGACUAUUUUGAGCCAACUGAAGAGUAUUAAAGGGAAAACUGAAGAGUCUAAGAAAUUAUCUCGAAAGCUCAAAGUGCAUGCGUUAAUUAUUCUUGGAAUUCUCGAGUACCAUGAAUUCACUCUUGAAUUGUGGGUGACCGAGCUAGCUUUGUUAUUACACAAAUUAAUCCCAUUCGUUCCACAAAUUAAAUACGACAUCUUGAACUACUUCACAAAUUUCAAGAAGACCCAUCAGCAAUUGGUAGUGUUCCAGGAAUCAAAAUACACAAACUGAAGCUCUGAGACAUCAUCCGAUUCGUGUGGUGAAUCUCCGAACGAAUUGUUAGAAAAUCUGAAGGAAAUAUUUAGCAUAAAUUCGAACCACUUCAUUGCAUAUUAACAAAGCUCAAGGCAA